UUUCCCAUCGCAGAAAACCCUAAUCCUCUUUUCCUCUUCACUGAAGAACCCUAAUUCCCCAUCAAUUCUUCUCUAAAUCCUAUCAAUCCUUCAUCUUCUUAAUCCUUUUUUGUAUCUCUCUCGAUGGCUCCUCGUGGUGGAAAAAGUAAGAGAGGAAGAGGAGGAGGAGGAAGGGCUCCGAAGGUUUCCCCAAAUCGACCUGUCGCCAAUCGACCCACUGCUUCUGGGACGUCAAAUCGAAGACCCAGUACUCUUCCUAGCCAGUAUACCUUCACUCCGGCGAAUCCUGAAGCCCGAGAGACUCAGCAAAGUCCGGUAAAUCCUGUAGCCCUAGAGUCUCAGCCUCCGACUCAUAGAGACUAUCCUCCUCCGACGCAGCUGUUCCAGUCCGGCGAUGAUUCUCCUCGAGGCUCUGGGUCGCAUCCAUUUCGGGAAUCUGGAUCUACUCAAGUUCGAGGGUCUGGAUCUGUUCAAGGACGAGGCUCUGUAGGAUCUAUUCAUCGUCUAGCUUCUCGGUCGAAUCAACCUCCUGCGCCGGUUCAACCUCCUGCGCCGGUUCAACCUCCAGCGUCGACUCAGCCUGCAGCGUCAAAUCGACAAAUACCAUCUCGUCAACAAAGACCUUCUCCUCAACCUCGAGCCUCUGUAUCGCAUCAUAGUUCUCAGGCUCAAAACUCACACGAGGAAUCUGAAGAUGAGGAAGCUGAAGGUGAAUCUGAAGAAGAUGUGUUGAGGGAUUCAACACUCCCAGAAGAUGUCCUCGCAGAUUUACAUGCUACACUUCUCAUCCCAGGCCGUGAGAAGUACACCACCGUCAUCUCUCCCAACCUCGAGCCUGAAACCACUUGGUUUGGUAAGGACAAUGGAAAGCUAACCCGGAAGAUCACUAAAUGUUUCACAAACAAGUUUGAUGGGCCAUAUUACAGUUGGAGCUGUGUUCCUACUGGUAGAAGAGAAAGAUACUUCCUCGAAUUCGCGGUAAAAUUCUGUCUCCUCUUAUACUUAUGUAAUUACACUUUUGUUUUGUUUUUUGAUCACUAACACCAAACUCUACUCUUGUUUUGUAGA